AUGCCUCGCAGAUCUGCCAAUUCAUCUUCUACCAGCGACCCUUCCAUCACUUCUCCUGCCCCUGGAAAGGGUAGCAGCAUACCCAUCAAAGCGCCUCCCGCGAAACCCAAUCGUCUGACCCAGUUCUUCUCGACCUCUCCCAAGUCGAAGUCCGAACCGCCGGUUGCUCAAGCGGCUCUACAGGCAGUCAGUGGGGCCACUGCCACCCCUCCCAUCAGUUCGGCCUCCCUAUCGCUACCGACCAUCUCUCUCUCUACCGCGACCGCGGAUAACCCCAAUAUGGACGAGCCACCGACCACGCUCUUUCAGCCUCCUUCGCCCGAGGAAGCCCGCCGACUGGCGAAGCAGCAUGCCCAAUUUGGACCCAUCGGUCAUCCGAGCCACCGGUAUUCAAGCCAGCACCCCGGCGGUGAAUUUCCCGAGCCCAUUAUGGACGAGCCUCCAUACUACUACCUUCUCACCACCUAUAUCAGUUACCUCAUCUUAAUUGCGUUUGGGCACGUCCGUGACUUCUUUGGGAAACGUUUCCGCGAGGAAAAUUACCGUCAUCUGAAACCUCGCAAUGGGUACGGUGCACUCAACAGUGACUUUGACAACUUCUACGUCCGCCGUCUGAAGCUGCGGAUCAACGAUUGCUUUGAACGUCCGGUUACUGGUGUCCCCGGAAGAUAUAUCACACUGAUUGAUCGCGGCACGGAUGACCACAACAAGAGUUUCUACUUAACCGGAACCACAACCGACACGUUGAACCUCAGCUCGUACAAUUACCUAGGAUUCGCUCAGUCGGAAGGCCCGUGCGCAGAUAUCGCCGAAGAGGCUGUGAGAAAGUACGGCAUCGUUGCACCCAGCACUCGUGCUGAGGCCGGAACGCAGGACCUUCACGUGGAACUUGAGGAUCUGAUCGCCAGGUUCGUCGGUAAAGAGGCUUCAAUGGUCUUCUCCAUGGGUUUCGGUACCAAUGCAAACGUCUUUCCAGCUUUGGUCAGCAAAGGCUGUCUAAUCAUUUCUGACGAACUGAACCAUGCAUCUAUUCGCUUUGGGUCGCGCCUUUCUGGAGCUUCUAUCGGCAUGUUCAAGCACAAUGAUAUGAAGGAUCUAGAAACCAAACUCCGAGAGGCCAUCAGCCAGGGACAGCCACGCACCCAUCGGCCUUGGAAGAAGAUCUUGGUUGUGGUGGAGGGCCUCUAUUCCAUGGAAGGGUCGAUGUGUAAUUUGCCCGGGUUGAUUGCCUUGAAGCGACGCUACAAGUUCCAUCUAUUUGUUGAUGAGGCACACUCGAUCGGGGCCAUUGGACCCAGGGGACGAGGUGUCUGUGAUUACUUUGGUAUUGAUACGAAAGAGGUCGAUAUUCUCAUGGGCACGCUCACAAAAUCCUUUGGCGCCAAUGGUGGAUAUAUUGCUGCCGACAAGAUGAUGAUUGACACACUCCGUUCGACUAAUUCUGGCGUCAUCUACGGCGAAUCCCCCUGCCCCGCUGUCUUAGAGCAGAUCUCUUCAGCCCUUCGGAUCAUCAAUGGGGAGCUUAUUCCAGGCCAGGGUGAAGAGAGACUGCAGCGUUUGGCCUUCAACUCCCGAUAUCUUCGUCUGGGCCUGAAGCGCCUUGGCUUUAUUGUGUACGGGCAUGAUGAUUCCCCCAUUAUACCCAUUCUCCUCUUUAAUCCAGCAAAGAUGCCUGCCUUCUCCCACGAGAUGCUGAGGCGGAAGAUUUCCGUCGUUGUCGUUGGCUAUCCGGCUACACCACUGGUUUCCUCCCGAGCCCGGUUCUGUGUCUCCGCAGCGCAUACGAAGGAAGAUCUCGACCGCAUCCUCGCCGCGUGCGACGAAAUUGGAAAUGUCCUGCAGCUCAAAUUCUCCACCGGGGUUGCUGGUGGUGCUCUGCCGGCGAAUGACGAGAUGACCCCGCCUCCGGAGAUGGACAAGGAGUCCCAUCGCCAGCAGAGCCCCAAUAUGAUCCCUCCCCGCUGGCGGCUUGAAGAUGUCGUCAGGCGUGGCGUUCAAGAUGCCAAGUCGCCCCUAUACUAG